GGCGGGGGCUGCAGAGAGUCCCUGUAAAGAGGGUGGCGAUGGGGCAGGGGAGGUUGGAGGGAUACAAGGAGCCCCGCAGUGUGUGCAAUGCGCUUGGCCUGCAACAGCAAAGCACCCGCCUAUCCUGGGCGGUCAGGGACUGAUUUUCCAGCCUCGGAAAUGGCGCUGAUAACACGCUUUGGGGAGCGGGGGAUCGAUAUGUGCACACUCGAUGCUGUGCAGGCACGACGUGUUGCUGAGAUACUCAUAUAUACCUGUAUGCACGGCCCGCUUAGCUUGAGGUCUAUGAUGCCAAUGUUGCCUCUAACCAAACUCUCCCGCAGGGAAAGUGCGAGCUCCAGAGAGAACUGAUUAUCAUAUGAUGAGGUGUCAUGACCUAGCUGCAAAGUUCCUGUAAUAUGAUUGAUACAUCAAAGUUCAGAAGGAGCCAGUCAAGGAAAUGAAGAAGGAAAAGAAAACCUUCUUCGCUUCCAGUCUGAUGAAAAAAAUCACGAAAUAUCCAUCAGCUGGAAGAAGAAUUAAAAACAGCCAAACGCUUUCUAAAGGAGACCCAGAAUUAUGCUGAAGAGAUGAAAAAUAAGAGUUUGUCUCAGGAAAUAGAAUUGGAAGCUCAACAAGCAGAGAUUCGGGAUUUAAAAAGCAAUAAUAAAUUGCUCCAGGAUUCAGUCCAGGAGCUACAACUUGAAAAUGGAACCCUUAAAGACAUUAACAAGGCUUUAGAACAAGAAAAAGUAGACUUACUAGAAACAAACAUAAUUUUUUCAUAUAGUUUAAAGGAGAGAGAGGAAAGCAUUUCUGAAUUGCCCAGAAGACAUAAGGAGGAAAGACUGUCACUCAUGGAAAGAUAUGAAGAAAUUGAAAAGGAACUUGUAGAUCUACAAGGAAAAUACAAAUCAAAGGAAGAAAAAAAUGCCAACACUGAAGGCAUUUUAAGACAACAAAAAAGUCACUUUCAAAAGAGUAAAGCGGAAUCAGAACUACAAGAGAAACAGCAUAGGGAUGAGCGUAAUGAAUUCUUCUCUAAACUAGUGUCCUUAGAGGGGAAAAAACAAAGAUUUGAUUCAGGAACUUGAGAAAGUGCAGUCAGAGUUGCAAUUUAAACAAGCUGAGAUUGCUAAUGUCCAAAAUGUAUCUUCAGCUGAGUUGGAUUGUUUAAGACAGGAAAUGUUAAAUGUCAGGGCAGAGCAAAACAAAAUGCAAGAACAACAUAACGUCUUGCUUCAAGAGAAUGAGCAAUUGAGCAAGGUAAUAAAAACAAAGAAUGAAUCACUAGCAUGUUACCUGGUUCAUGACAGAAGGCCUACGUCAGAACAGUUGAGAGAGUCCAUGGAAGAGAAUGAGUUGAAUAAAUAUCAAGCUAAACUUGAGCUACUUCAGAUGGAUUUUGAGGACAGAGAAGUGUCUGUAGAAAACUACAGCACACAGGUAAUACAGUUGGAGGCUGCUUUAAAAAGUGUACAUCAUUGUUUUCAUUUGAUUUAUAGUAAAACCCAAACCAGGUUCACUUAAGUAAAAUGAAAACUAU